CUCGACUAGAAACGUUGAUGCAAUCUGCAGAAAGUUGAAAGGAUCUAGAUGAAUUUGAUUCAAUUGUAAUUCAGAAGUGAAAGCGCUUGCGCCAGCCGACUGUACGUGACGUCAAAAACCAGCAUGGCGGUCAAGGUGCAAUCCACUAAACGGGCGGACCCGAGCGAACUGAAGGCUAUCUUUCAAAAGCAUGCCAGUGUAGUGGAUGCGGAAGGCGAGAAGUUGAUGACCCCGGGGGACUUUGUGCAGAAGUUCCUGGGCCUGCAUACACAGAUCCACCACAACCCCAAAACUGUCCAGCUCAUCGCUGGUGUGGCAGACACCACCAAGGACGGGCUGAUCUCCUUCCAGGAGUUCUUGGCAUUUGAAUCAGUGCUGUGUGUUCCAGAUGCCCUCUUUGUCGUCGCCUUCCAACUUUUUGACAAGACUGGCACUGGAGAUAUCUCUUUUGAGAAUGUGCGGGACAUCUUCAGCCAAACCACUGUGCACCACCACAUCCCCUUUAACUGGGACUGCGAGUUCAUCCGCCUGCACUUUGGACAUGAUCGCAAGAAACGCCUCAGCUACCUUGAGUUCACCCAGUUUCUACAGGAGCUGCAAUUGGAGCAUGCACGCCAGGCCUUCGCCCAGAAGGACAAGGAUAAGAGCGGCACCAUCUCCGCCAUGGACUUCAGUGACAUCAUGGCCACAAUUCGACACCACGUGCUCACACCGUUCGUGGAGGAGAACCUGGUUUCGGCUGCAGGUGGCAGCACCUCUCACAUGGUCAGCUUUUCGUACUUCAACGCCUUCAACUCUCUACUCAACAACAUGGAGCUGAUCCGGAAGAUCUACAGCACGCUGGCUGGGACCCGCAAGGACACCCUGGUCACUAAAGAGGAGUUUAUCCAUGCUGCUAACAAGUUUGGCCAGAUCUCUCCCAUGGAAGUUGACAUCCUGUAUCAGCUAUCAGGCCUUCAUUCCCAGUCUGGGCGUCUGAACUUUGCUGACAUUGAGAGGAUUGCCCCACUGGAGGAGGGAGCGCUCCCCUACCACCUGGCAGAGAUCCAGAAACAGCAGAGCCAUGGGGACAGCUCCCGGUCCGUGUUGCUCCAGGUUGCAGAGUCCGCUUACCGGUUCAGCUUGGGCUCCAUUGCUGGAGCUACGGGAGCCACCGCGGUGUAUCCUAUAGACCUGGUGAAGACCCGGAUGCAGAACCAGAGGAGUACAGGCUCGUUUGUAGGAGAGCUCAUGUACAAGAACAGCUUUGACUGUGCCAAGAAGGUGCUGCGCUAUGAAGGCUUCUUUGGCUUCUACAGAGGUCUUCUUCCCCAGCUCAUUGGUGUGGCUCCAGAGAAGGCCAUUAAACUCACGGUGAAUGACUUUGUGAGGGAUAAGUUCACUGGUAAAGACGACUCCAUUCCCUUCGCUGCUGAGGUGUUGGCAGGAGCCUGUGCAGGGGGGUCCCAGGUGGUGUUCACUAACCCACUGGAGAUAGUGAAGAUCAGGCUACAGGUGGCUGGGGAGAUCACCACUGGACCCAGGAUCAGCGCCCUCAGUGUUAUCCGAGACCUGGGCAUGUUCGGCCUCUACAAGGGUGCUAAAGCGUGUUUCCUGAGAGACAUCCCAUUCUCAGCAAUCUUCUUCCCAGUAUAUGCCCACACCAAGGUUCAGUUUGCCGAUGAGCAGGGAAGACUGGGUCCAUUCCAGCUGUUAGCUGCCGGAGCUAUUGGAGGUAUCCCUGCUGCCUCCCUGGUGACGCCUGCUGAUGUCAUCAAGACGCGCCUGCAGGUAGCAGCGAGGGCCGGACAGACCACCUAUUCUGGAGUCACUGACUGCUUUAGGAAAAUCAUGCGGGAGGAGGGAUUCCGAGCACUGUGGAAAGGAGCUGGAGCUCGUAUGUGUCGAUCUUCUCCUCAGUUUGGUGUGACUCUGGUGACCUAUGAGCUUCUACAGAGGUGGUUAUAUGUGGACUUCGGAGGACAUCGUCCAUCAGGGUCCGAGCCCACUCCGAAGUCUCGAAUCUCAGAGCUUCCUCCGGUCAACUCUGACCACGUUGGAGGCUACCGUCUGGCUGCAGCUACCUUCGCUGGUGUGGAGAACAAGUUUGGCCUUCACCUGCCCAAGUUCAAAUCCUCUGGAGUGGUCUCCAUCCACCCUGACACAGCGGCCCUUCCCACGGCUGCCAAGGCUGCUGCUCCCUAACGACUGGCCCUCCAGCUACCUGCCAUCACUUCACUAGGGGCUCUGCAUUCCGAUACGCAGUCCGUUACGUGUUGUAUCUCCAGUGGCAGCCUCCCUCCUUAUUUUCACCUGGAAACUGGUCGAAAAGGAGCCUUACCUCCUUCACUUCAUUCUCACUCUGCAAUUUGUCUUUGCCGUUCCUCUUUUUCCCCCGUUCCUCCUCCCCGUUCCUCCUCCCAUUCCUCUCCAUCUCUCUGGUGACUCAUCUUGUGUAUACGUUUUAUUUUUUUCUGAAGCACAAUGUGUCUGUGGGGCUAUUAUGCAGACCUGGGUUCAAAUAUUAUUAUAUCGCUACUUUCACAUAUGAAGAUACCUUUUAUUUGAAAGGACAAGUAGUUGAAUACUGCAUGUUAAUCUAUGGAAAGUAUUUGAAAAUAUUCAUACUGACUCAACACUCCUGUGCAUUUAAAUCAAGUUUUUUAAAAUAUAAUUUGGGAAAAAAAUAUUUGAAUAUUCUCAAUUUAUUUAUUUUCAUAGAAAUACACAGAUACUUGUUUUGAGCUGUGCAUUUGAAAAUACAACAUGGAAAAUACCUAAAAUUCACAUUUUAUUUGAACCCAGUCUGCUACUAUGAUUGGACAGCGUGUAUGGCUUUACUUCGAUUGGGCCUUGUACAGGAAGUUGCUGUACAUAUUGUAGAUCUGCUGUACAGAGAAGUGACAGCUGGUAAGGAAAAUGAUUAUUGUGGCAUUAGAGAGCAAUAUAACUAACAUUGGAGAACAAUGUUAGAACAACACCGUUAUGGAGAAACCAGGGUCAGGGUAAUUUCCAUUUCAGAACAGGAACUACACAAAAAUUCUAAGUCUCUUCACUGGUAUUUAAAGAGAACAUUCGGUUAAAUGUUUAAUUGAAAUGGAACCCUGAGAGAAACCUUGUGGUUACAUUUGCUGUAACAUUAGAAAGCAACAUGAUGGUAAUGAUUGAGUGAGUUUACUGAUAUGUUAAAAUGAUUUUGGGCCUUCACUUACUGAUGUACAGACCUUUAAAACAAAGUGUUUAUUGAGAUGAAUCAUGAGCAAAUGAGUAGAUAACUUAAAUGCAUUUCAGUUUAUUCUGUGUAUUUUAUUGAAAUAAAUCAUACAUACAGUUUUAA